AAAAAUAGUAAAUUAAUAAAAUAAAAAAAUUUAAUAAAAAAAAUUCAAAAAUAUUUGAACCAUGUUUUGGAUUUUAAGAAGAACUGGAGCAGUGAAUUUUUUCAAUUCACUUAAUAAUAACUGUGCAUCAAAGUCUAAUUUUAAUCACAACAAUAACAAUGAAAAGAAUAUAAAACGACCAGAACGUAAAGCAUACGGUCGGCUUAGUAUGGAUUCUGAUGAUGCAAUAUCAACAACAAAAAAUAUAAUGGAUGAUGGAAAUACAGAUAAUAAUUUUCAUUUAAAUAAUUCAAAAAAAUGUCAUAAUAAUUGUAACAAUAAUAACGAUAACUGUAAUAAUAACAACAAUCAAUACACUGAAAAUAAUAAUUCAACUUUUCAAUUGAACCAAAUAAAUGGUAAUAAUACAGAAUAUCAACAACAACAAAAUCAACAGCAGCCUCGUUUACCAUACGAAAUACAAAAUGCAGAGAAUAGGUUAAAUCGGUUACAAGCAAUUGCAAUGUCAGACGAUGAAGAUUAUGAUGAAUCGCUUACCUGUAAUGUGUGUGACAGAGCAUUUCAUUGUCAUAGACAGUUAGCAUCACAUCAACAAAAGAAAAGGCUUUUUGUAUGCAGCGGCUGUGAUAGUCUUUUUUCAUCUCUAAUGCUGUUAGAGCAUCAUAAAGAAGAAUUUGAGCAUUGGAGUGACGAUGAAGAAAAUCGACGGCCUUGCUGUCGUCGUAAUCGUGGUGAUGAUUUUACAGAUACCGAUUCGUUUACCAGUGAAGCUGAAAGUGAAGAUCUUGAAAGACUUUUAUAAGAUGUGCAAUGUUUUAUUAUUAAAACUAAUAUACCCAUGUAUUUGUAUACAUCGGUAUGUAAUUUCUAAGAAGAAUACAUAUAUAGGAUUUUGUAUGCAUAUUUACAAAACAUAUGUUUA